AUGGAGACCCUGUUUGGGCUCUUCGAGGCAGCCGGCUGGGUCAAUGAGGUGUUGUCACGAACGGAGGAGAAGCACCAAGAGCUGGAGAGCCUGUCGGUGAACGUCCAGAGCGUGUCUCAAUCGAUGUAUACAUGGUCUCAGAGCGUUCCGGAGGAGGACCGGAAUGCAGUGUUCAACUCCAAUCAGGUCUUUCCGCACCUCGCGAAGGUGUUGAACCAAGCCAAGGAGGUCCUCGCAAGGAACCAGCAGCCGACCUCGCCUGAGAAUGCGGCGCUGGAGGACGCCAAGCGAGCCAACGGCGGCUUUCGGGGCAUCCUCAGCGAGAAGAUGAAGCAGGGCUCGAGGACCCUACAAGAAGGUCUGGAGGCCUUCAGCAGCAAGUUGGGUACUGUGGGUGGCCUCCUCCGUCUUCCCGAGGAUGAGCUGAGCAAAGUCAAGGAGGCAAACGAGACCAUUAGCAGGUUGUUGCCGACGCUGACGCUGGCGAUACAAGCCAAUGCGGUCCGAGGAUCCAAGCGAGGCGCCGAUACACCUCUCUCCGAUGAGCCGCCGGCGCAGCGGCCGCGCAUCGACAAUGGAAAGGAUUCCGCGGAAGCGGUCACGAGGAGCGAGUCGGGCAGCACUCAGCAGCCUUCCGUUGCCGAGGUCGAGAGGCGGCCGCUUCUGAACCUUUACCUCGUCUCCGACGCACCCUUCGCCGAGGGCCGCGACCAGGGAAUGCUGACGACGCUGGACCUGAAGCCCCCUUCCGCCAACCAGAGUACCACCUCUCUGGAGAGCGCGGACACGUCGAUAGGGGACGAUGCCGGACAUGUGAGGUUGACCCUGGGUCGUGCAGACCUCCAAAAGCGAGUGAUGCUGCAAUUUCCCCCCACAGGGAAGACGAAGGUCAGAUCGGUAAGCCAGUUCGUGAGCCGGGAGUUUCUCCUCUUGGAAGUGCCUGACACAUCUUCACUUGCACCUACGCAGGGCAGCAUGGAGAUGGCCACUCUGGUCUGGGGCUGCUGGAACGAGAGCCAGCAGGAUCCGGACGAGAAGCCUGCUUUGGCGUUUGUCAGUGGCAUCAAGUCCGGCUACCACCUUCGAAGAGCCGGGGAAACCAGGUGGGACUGGAUCCCCAAGGACGAGAAGGCAAGCAUCGAAGAGGGGGACACCAUCGCGAUGCUGCUGGAGUCACCUCCGGGCUCGGAAGCCCCAGCUAAGCAGCAGUCUCUGAACGCAGAGGAGGCGCGGUGCAUCCUGGGCUGCGAGCUCCGCCGUCCGGAGAACUGA